UGGGAAGUGGGAUGCAGGGACAGGGACAGGGGAAUGGAGAUGUGGGGACAAGGAUGUGGCAGAAGGAACCUUGGGCCUGGGGUAGCUGUGGGGACAGGGACACAGGGAUGCAGGGACAGGGACAAGGGGACAAGCACCAUGUUGAUGAGCCAUGGGGGCAGGUGCCAACAGAAUGGGAUCAUGAGCACAGGGCCAUGGGGAUGUGGCCGUGGGGCUGGUGGGGGUGACCUAUGCCAUCAUGGGGUCCCCAUGCCUGAGCAGGGGUUGGCUGCUGUGUCCCUGUCCUCGAGACCUCUGUGCCACACCAGUGCCACCACAGAGAAAGAUUAGGGACAUCCCCACACCCUGUGUGCCCGUGCUACAGUCCCCACGGUGCCAACCCCACCCAGCCCUGUCCCUUCUCCCUUCCAGCACAGACCCUCGGCCUCGCUGGUGAGUCCUCAGGGGAUGCCAUGGCCCCACCCCGCUGUCCCCAGCCCCGCGCUGGCCCUGCCAGGCUGGUGUCCCCUGUCACCCACAGGUGCCCAGACCACCCAGCUCCUCCUGGAGCCCCCCUGGAGGCCGGCGGUGACGUGGGACCCAGUGACACUGACCUGCUGGGGCUCGGGGAUGGUCAGUGCCACCACCUGGUACAAGGACGGGCAGCGUUGGGGGCAGCAGGGACACAACCACUUCACUGUCACCGAGAGUGGCACCUAUGAAUGUGACCGACCCAGCACAGGGCGCAGCCCACCCGUGAGAGUCGUAAAUGAUGAGCUGGUGCUGCAGGUGCCAGCACGGGCGCUGCUGGAGGGGGACACGCUGACACUGCGCUGCCGGGGCCAGUGGAACCGCACGGUCACCGAGGUGCGAUUUUCCCAGGACGAGAAGGAUCUGGGGGGGUCCCUCAAUGGGACCGUGCUGUCCCUGUCCCCUCUGCAGCUGACACACAGUGGCCGCUACAGCUGCAGGGGCUUGGUGGGGUCCUUUAUGUCACGGUCAGCAGCAGUGACAGUGACAGUGCACGUGCCCGUGGCCAAUGCCACCAUCACCCCCGGUCCCCUGGCACACCAGGUGCGCCCAGGUGACAACAUGACCCUGUACUGCUCAGUGCAGGUGGGCUCAGCCCCUGUCACCUUCACCUGGCUGCACAAUGGGCAGGAGGUGGCCCGGGGUCCCCUCCUGGAGCUCAGGGACAUCGAUGUGGGACAUUUGGGCACCUACCAGUGCGUGGCCACCAACCAGCUGGGACAGGACGGGCACCGCGUGUUCCGGGCACUCAGCCCUGAGCUGGCUCUGGAGGUGAUACCUGGCUCACCCUGGGUCACAGGUGGGGUCACACGGGGUCACAAGGGAAUGAAGGACCCCCAGAAUAAUGGGUGACCCCAUUGUGUCCCCCUCUGUUUCUUGCAGUGGCCGCAGGGGUCGGUGGGGCCCUUUUGUUCCUGCUCCUGCUCGUGGGUGUCAUUGUGGCCUGGCACUGGUGGCACCGUGUGGCUGCCAGGAAGAAUCAGGAAAGGGUCCCCCCGGAUCCCCCGGCCCCCCCAGAGGAGGGGCAGGUGCUGUACACCCACGUCGUGGUCACCAAGAGGGCAGGGGUGUCCACCCGUGCCACCACCCUCCAGGAUCCUCAGGUGACCUACGCGAACCUGCAAGGACACCAGGGGCGACAGCGGGAACCCAGUGACAUCUAUGGGAAUGUGCUGUGACACUGGCAGGAACUGGGGGGCACUGGGGGUCCCCACCCACGGGCACCAACACGUGUCUGUGCUGCAACCAAAAACUGCCCCUCUCCCUCCCUGUGGGGGCACAAAGAUCCCAAAGGACUGAAAGAAGAACAAUUUCCUGAAACAGCAACGAGAGAGAAUAAAACCAACAGCAACAGCAACAA